UGAAGCUGCUGGUACAUGGUUUAGAAAACAACUUUUCUACUCGUGCCUACCAAUUGAUCGUGGUUCGGUUUUAGAAUCACUUUACCUGCAUCCGGAUAUCCCAUUAAGACGUGCAAGAGCUUUAAUAUUUGAAAAUUGAAACUACCAUGGAGGGCUACAUCUUUCGAAACUGGGCCGAGACAUUCUUCUGCAAGCCUGAGCUCUACUUUGAACCACAGGACACAGCAGAACUUACCCAGAUUGUUGAGCGAGCACGCACAGAAGGCAAAAGGGUGAAGGUAUGUGGCAGCAGGCAUUCCCCUUCUGACAUUGCAUGUACGACUGGAUACAUGAUCAACAUGAAACACAUCAACAAAGUUCUAUCGGUUGAUGUUGAUAAACAUCAGAUUCGAGUAGAAGCCGGUGUCCUACUGGAGAAGCUGAAUACAGAUAUCCUUCCAAGAUACGGACUUGCUCUUAGUCUACUUGGAGCUAUCUCUGAGCAAACUAUAGCUGGCGCUAUUUCAACCGGUACCCACGGGACGGGAUACGAUCACGGUAUCAUGGCAACAACGAUUGUCAGUUUGGAGCUGUUGACCGGAAGCGGAGAAGUCCUGCCUUGUUCAGACUCUGAGAACCCAGACGUUUUCAACGCUGCAUUAUGCGGGUUAGGAGCACUUGGUAUUAUUCUCACAGUAACUAUCCAGUGUGAACCAGCCUUCAGGCUUCAUGAGAUUCAGACUUCUACCACAUUGGAUGAUGUCCUAGAUAAUUUGGAUUCCAAUGUGGAGAGCUGUGAGCAUUUCCGUUUUAUGUGGUAUCCCCACACAGAUAUGGUCAUGGUGUCAAAGGUCAACCGAACCGAGAAGAGAAUCACAGAAAGGACAUCGUCAUGGUUUUGGGACAAGUUCGUGGGUUACUACGCUCUUGAGUUCUCAUUUUGGGUCAGUGAGUUCGUACCUUCUCUUGUUCCAUGGAUCAACAGAUUAUAUUUCUUAAUCUUCGCAUCGCUACCGAAAGAAAGGGUUGACAUCGGUCACAAGGUAUUCAACUUUGAUUGUCUCUUCAAGCAACACGUGACAGAAUGGGCUAUUCCAAGAAACAAGACGGGGGAGGUUCUUAGAGAGCUGAGGCAUCACGUCGAUACUGGACGAUUCUACGCUCACUUGCCGACAGAGGUCCGAUUCACCAAGGCGGAUGACAUCAUGCUUAGCCCGGCCAGUGGAAGAGAGACCUGCUACAUCAACAUCAUUCAUUUUAGACCUUAUGGAAGAACAACAUGGAACAAGAAAUACUGGGCUGUGUAUGAGGACAUUGUAAUAAGGGCAGGGGGUCGACCACAUUGGGCUAAGGAACAUCCUAUGAGAAACAAGGAUUUAUCAGAGCUCUAUCCAAGAUGGUCCAAGUUCUGUGGUCUACGGAAGAAGUUGGACCCUUUCGGCAUGUUCCUCAACACGUAUCUGGAGCGGAUCUUAUCAGACUAAUAUGGUUGUGAAUUAUAUGAAGCAGGGUUGUCCAUAAACAAACAACUAAUGAACAUAUGAACCUGGAACUUGGAAGGACUAUGAAGAACAAGGAUUUAUCAGAACGCUUCCAAAGAUGGUCUGCAAAAGAGGUUUGGUCCUUGCGGCAUGUUCCUCAACACAUAUCUGGACAGGGUCCUCUCAGACUCAUAUGAUUGUGAGUUAUAUAAAGCAGGGUACUGUAUAAGCUGUUAUUUUCCCGAGGGUUUUAUUUUCGCGAAUGGGGUCUGCUCGCUAUUCAUAUGGACCGGUAUUUAUAAAAAACGCCAUUUAUUUAUCAUGGAUAGCGGUCCUUAUGAUUAGUGGUCCUUAUGAAUGACUGUCCUUUAUGAAUAGCGAGGUAAAUUGUCUAUGGUUUCCUCGAUAUUUAUAAGGGCCGAUAUUCAUAUACUGGUAGCUUUAAAGGAUCACUAUUUAUUUUGUCAUGCGUUAUAGAUACGGUCCUCAUGAAUAAUGGUCCUCAGGAAUAGCGAGCUUCAACCGUUUGAAUGAUAUACAUAAGCACUGGAUUUGGUCGUUGGAGUAACCCAAAUAAACCUCUUAAAAAGUUUGGAAAAUUCAAGUUUAGUUGAUUAUAUCUCUCUCGUUAUGGCACAAUCAUCCCUAUGUUAAAGGUACUAUGUCCCAUUUGCAGGCCAAAAAAAUGAAAAGGUUAAAUUCCAACGGCAUUUGAAAGAUAAUACCAAUUUAGAA